UAUAUAUAUCAUCUUCCUCUUCAACUCUUUAUACUCAAAAAAUCUUAGUUAACAAAUGGCGGACUGGGGUUUACAAGCUGUCAUCAGACCUAAAGAAUAUGAUCAUCAACAUCUUGAUCACAACAACUUAUUUGGAUCCAUUGAUACCAAGAAAGAAUAUGAUCAAGCUCUUCUCUUUUGUUACCCUCAUCUCUUUGAUAAUAAUCAUCAUCAUCAUCAUGACCAUGUUGUUACAGAUGAAGUUGACCAACUUUACAAGCCUGUUUAUCAGACCAUUGAUCAUCAUCAUGGUUUUGAUCAAGAAAUUCAACAAGAUCAAGAGCAAGAUAUCAAGAAUUUUUGUGGGUCUGCUCCUAAAACCUCCCAGCUUGCACCAAAGCUCAAAAAAAGGAAGAAUCAACAAAAGAGGGUGGUGGUUCAAGUAACAGCCGAUGGGUUGUCUUCAGAUCCAUGGGCUUGGAGAAAAUAUGGUCAGAAACCAAUCAAAGGCUCAAUCUAUCCAAGAAGCUAUUAUAGAUGUAGUACUUCAAAAGGUUGUAUGGCAAGGAGACAAGUUGAGCAAAGUUGCACUGAUUCAAGCAUCUACAUUUUAACCUACACCGCGGAUCAUAACCACUCGCAACCUACUCGUCGCAAUUCCUUAGCUGGAAUCAACCGUAGUAAUCGAGUCAAGGCUAUCCCAAAGAGUCCCACCAGUAGUGACUGUGGCAAAACUGUCACAAUAUCAAAAGACUCCCCCUUUCACUCUCCUACAACCCUUUCAGUCUCAUCUAUUGAAGAUGAAGUCCUCCAACAUUCAAACAUCACACACGAGACAACAUUUUACAAUAAGUUUGACAAUAAUCAAGGACUAGAUAUGAUGCCAGCAAUCAAUGACAACGACUAUAUGGUUUUUAGUGACGAUUUCUUCGACGGUUUGGAGGAUUUGGGAGGGUAUAAAAUGGAGUCAUCGUCGACGAAACAAUUUCUUCAUGUGUUUUGUUAGUAUGUGAAUGUAUAUGUUAAGUUGUUUUUUUUUUUUUCUAUUUUGUUUUGUAAAUUUUUAAUAGGUGUUAAUUAAAGUUCAGUAUAAGAUUUUGAUUUUUA